AUGACUUUAGAAGUUCCAACUAAAAGACAAGCAGUAAUUUUAGUAGAAAAUGAAAUAACUGAUAUGGAGUGUAAUGCAUCAUUAUUAAUGAUAUUAAACACUCCAUUAAUUUUAUAUAUUAUUGAUCAUUUAUUAACACAAAAUGUAGAACAAAUAUUUAUUGCAUGUAGCCUGGAGAAUAAGAUUAAGAUUAGUACAAUUAUUCAAAACAGAUAUAAGUCAAAAGUAGUUCAAUUUAUUGUUUGUGACGAAACUAAAAGUUCUGGAGAAAUUAUUAGACAAAUAUCAGAAAAUUCUCAAUUAGAAUCGGAUGAACUUAUUGUUAUUAAAGGAGAUGUUAUUACUACAUUACAACUUGAUCCAAUUUUACAAUUUCAUAGACAAAAUUGUAGAGAUGGACAUGUAGUAACAGUGGUAUAUAGAAAGAAUCAUAUUGUUAAUGAGUCAAGAUCAGAUGAUGAUAAAACAAUAGUUAUAAUUGAUGGGUUGACAAAUAGAAUACUUAAAGUAGAUGAUAGAAAAAUAGAAAAAACAAAUAGAUCAUAUUAUCUUCGUUUAUCAUUAAAUAAAGAAACACCAAAAAUUGAAGUUCAUGGAGAUUUUAUGGAAACAGGUGUAUUUAUUUUUACAAGACAAGGAUUAUCAUUAUUUAGUGAUGCAGAUAAUUGUGAUAUGAAUGAAUUUCCUGAAAUGUUUUAUCCAAGAAUAUUAGAAAAUGAUAUUACAAAUUUUAAAUUACAUUGUUAUAUUGCUAAAGACAAUGAAUAUUCUGUUCGUAUUAGAGAUAUUGCUACUUUUAGAAAGGUAUCAACAGAAAUGUUACAAAGACAUGGAUAUCCAUAUACAACUGAUCUUAAUGUUUUUGGAUAUGAUUAUAAUAUGUAUGGUCAUAAUGUUGUAAGUCAUGCAUCAUCUAAAGUUCCAUUAAAAAUAUUACAAAAAUCAAAAAAUGUAUUAUUAUGUGAAAGAACUACAAUUGGAAUAAAUACAAGACUAAACAAUUCAGUUGUUUGUUCUGAUUGUAUUGUUGGAGAAGGUAGUAAUAUUGAAGAUUCUCAAAUAUUUAAUGGAACAAAAAUAGGAAAGAACGUACAAAUUAUUUCAUCAGUUAUUGGAAAUAAUUGUAUUAUUGAAGAUGAUGCAAUUGUUUCUCAAAAAUAUUUAUGUGAAAAUACUAUUUUUGGUAAAGACGGUAUUGAAAAAUCUACUAAACCUAAUGACCAAUUAUUUACUUCUCGUGUACAAAAACACAAUGCUUCUAGUUUAUUAAGAAGUGGUAGUGCUUGUAUUAAUUUAAUUGAUAAUGAUAGUGAUGAUGAAGAACAAAAUAGUAGAGAUGAAGAUAAACAACAACCAUUUAGUGUAUUUAGAAGUACUGUUAAAAAGUUUAUUGAAGCUUAUUUUAUCAAUCAUGAAAAACAUAUGUUAUUAACUCAGAUUACUUCUUUAAAAGCUACUUUUAAUUAUUCAAUGAGUGAGACAGUCUCAGCUAUUAUUGAAGCAUUUUUACUUAUUGGAGAUCCAAAUGGAACAAAAACAACUUUACAACAAUUAGAAUCAUUAGAAACUUCUUGGGAAAUUCUUGAAAAAUUUACAACAAACUGUGAUGAACAAGUUGAAAUUUUAUUUUAUUUAUGUGAAUUUUGUGAUGAUUUUAAAUAUUUUGAACCUACUUUUAUUUAUAUUCUUCAUGCCCUUCAUGAAAAUGAAGUUAUUAGUGAAGACGCUAUUUGGAAAUGGAAAGAAGACUGUUCUAAUUCUGAAGACUAUAGUAGGUUCAUUGAACUAUCUCAAGGGUUCUUAACUGCAUUAAAAAAUGCUCAAAAUGAGGAAGGAGAUGAUGAGGAAGAUGAUGAUGAUGAAUAUGAAUACGAAGAAGUUGAAGAAGAUGAAGAAUAA